GUGCCAUUAUCAUCCGCCAUUAAAGCACCACUGUCCUUUUCAUUCUCACUACUCUUUAAACCCCACCUCUUCUUUCCAUUCAAAUUCACCAACAUUUCCACCUGCUUCCAAGUUUAGCCUAACAUGGGUCUUUCACCAUACUCAAACCCUUCAGAUGCCGGAAUCCUGUGUAUGAUUCUGGUUCAGACCGCCAUGUCGAUAUCAUUCAUGAAGGAAAACCUGCUAUCCAUCCUGCACGUGCUCCGCGUGCGUAUGGCAUCAUGGGACGAGUAUUCCAACCAACCCGCCACCGCAGAACCAUUUGAAAGCCGAGAAAUCCCGUCAAGAACCUACAUGGAGGAGUUCAGAAGCCUGAUCCCAACAAUCCGCUACGACUCCCUUUCGUGCACUGCCAAACAAGACUGCUCGGUUUGCUUGGUCGAGUUCAAACCCGAUGCGGAGAUAAACCGGCUUUCGUGUGGACAUGUUUUCCAUAAAUCUUGCGUUGAGAAAUGGUUAAACUACUGGAACUUAACCUGUCCUCUUUGUAGAGACCGCAUGAUCGCUCCGAAAGAGACCCAAGAAAACACUACUAGCCCGAUGUGAGCGUUUUUGUCAAGCUAGUGUUCGCUCAUCGUGUUUAGUUUGUGGUAGUGUACAGGGUUUCCGAUGCGGUAUGCAUCCGAGAAACUGAAAAAGCUUUGUUUUUAUCAACAUAAUUAGUUAAUGAAUUACAUACAUUUCGAUACAAGUACACAUGUUUAGCA